AUGAAGGUGAAGACUCUGCAGAUCGUGUGGCAUGGCAAGGAGCCGGUCUACUCUGUGGAUUUCUCGGGAGCUGCCUGCCUCGCAACAGCCGGUGCAGACAAGGAGAUCAAGCUCUGGCAGGUCUCUCAGGGUGAGGAUGGGUACGCCACCAUUCAGCACACGGCCUCCCUCUCCGGCCACUCCAAGACGGUGAAUUGCAUCCGCUUCUCCCCGACAGGCCGUGACCUGGUGUCCAGUGGCGAUGGAGGGGAGAUGCUGAUCUGGCAGCCUUGCGCAGAUGCCCAGGCGCCACGAGGAAACUUGUCUGCUGAGGAGGAGGAGCCGUGCAUGAAGCGGGCUGCGGUCCUGCGGGGUCACACGGAUGACAUCAUGGAUGUGGGCUGGUCCUCUGACGGGUCCGCCCUGGUCUCCGCUUCCAUCGACAACCGCGCCAUUGUGUGGGACAUGGGCGACAGGAAGCGCGGGGCCAUGCUGGCGCAGCUGGCGCACCACAAGCACUUUGUGCAGGGGGUCGCUUGGGACCCUGUGCGCCAGUUUGUAGUCACCCAGAGCGCGGAUCGGACGUGCAGGGUGUAUCGCCUCAAGCCGCCGGCGGUGGGGAAGAAGGCUCGGGCAAAAGCCGCGGCCGCCACGGCAGCUGCCACUGCCAAGGAUCUUUACUGCUGCGCCACGCUGAGCAAGGGCGCCACCCGGGGCGGAGUCAAGGUGCCUCUUUUCCACGACGAGUCCCUCCCUUCGUUCUUUCGCCGGCUGGCCUGGUCCCCAGAUGGGUCCAUGCUCGCCGUCCCUGCUGGCGUGCACCGAUUCGAGGAGGGAGGAAAGGAGGGGCACGCAGUGCAUGUGUACGCGCGCGACGAAUGGGAUGCGCCCCUCCUCCACCUCCCGGGCCACUCCAAGCCGGUGGUGGCCGUCCGCUUCUGCCCCGUCCUAUUCAAGAAACCAGAGCCUUCUGGCAGGGAGGACGUGGGUGGGCAAGCCAUCGACCUGCCCUACCGCAUGGUGUUUGCGCUCGUCAGCCAUGCACACCAGGAGAGGGUUGACGUUGAGGCUGGCCUUCUCUUCUUCACAGAGCAUGCUGACCCGGUGGACGUGCACCCCAUGCAGGUGGCGACGCUGGACAGCGUGGUCAUAUACGACACCGCCUCGCCGACCCCGCUGUGCCUGCUGGGCGCCUUGCACUACGAUUCCAUCACCGACCUGGCGUGGUCCGGUGAUGCGCGCUACCUGGCGGUGUCCUCCCGCGACUGCUACUGCAGCAUCGCCGUGUUCGAGCCGGGCGAGCUGGGCGAGGCGCUGGCCGGUGGCGAGGCCGAGUGGUGGCUGGGAGGGGUGGGCAAGCCCGCGCCGGGGUCGCAGCCAGCUGAUGCAGCGGUGGCGCUGCCGGACUCGGCGGUCCAGCUGGACCAGCUCGACAGCGUGUUGCCGCCCGGCCCGGCACCCGCCCAGGGCCCCGAGCAGGAGCACGCUCGCCCAGCCGCCUGUCCGACCCCUGUACUGAAGAAAGCGCGGCGAAUCGUCCCCGAGGCCGUCCCGUGCCAGCCCCAACCCGCGCCCACCGUGGCGGCGGCGGAUCAGUCGAGCGCAGACGACAGCUUCACCUUCCCUGCCCCGCCCUCCGCGCCGCCGUCGGAGCCGCCGACCGCCUGCGACCCGCUCCAGGCUGCGAGGUGGCCCGCCCAGCCAGCGAAGCGAAGACUGGCCUCAGCCGAUCGAGUGGCCGAGGUCCCCAGCAGCGGUGUCGGACGCAUGGUUCGCAAGCGGGCGGUGAGCCUGCUGAAGCGUGGGAAUGGCGCCUCUGGGGAACGCAAAGCUCCCAAACCCAAGUCAGGAGCUUUGAGAUCCACCAAAGUAAAGACACCUGUCCAUCAUGUGGCAAAAGGGCCCCCAAAGGCCAAGCAUGCCAGGCCAGCACCACCUGCAGGGCCCAAAGCCUGGACGCCAGCCUCGGUCGUGCACCGCCAGGCGGCCUACGCCAUGCAGCGCCUGCUUGCGGCGGAUGCAUCGGGCAAGGGGGGGGCCAGCGUCAAGACGCUGACCCUUGCGCCACACAUCGAGGCCAAGCGAGCCACGCAUGCGGUCACCUGCGAGUGCCUGCGCCACCUCCUUGUCAUCCAGGAGUUGGUGGAGGAAGCCGGACUCCUGACCAAGUUCCCUCGCCUCAGUGCCCCCGUGGCUUACGUCCUGGUGUACGACAUGCUCUUUGGUCAGCCGCCGCGACCCAUAGGCGCCCCGGAGAGGGCAGUCCUGUCGACCAGGGAGCAACUGGAGACAGCCCUGACAGCUGCGCUGACAGCUGCCGGGGUCGGGACAGCGGAGGAGCUGGUGGCGGCCAGCGUGGAGGAGGCGGUGGCGGAGCUGCGCGACGCGGGGCACACCCAGGUCGAGCCCGACCCCCUGCUCCCCUCCGUCCUCAGCCUGCCCCCCGGCACCGACCUGCACGCGCUACCCGGGGUGGGCUCCGGGCGCCUGGUCCUGCAGAGUCGGGCCAGCUGCAUGCCGGCCGCAGCACUGCGCCCACCCCCCGGCGCCGCGCUGCUGGACGCCUGCGCGGCUCCGGGCAACAAGACCACCCAGCUGGCGGCGCUGCUGGGCGCGGGCGGCAGCGUGCUGGCCCUGGACCGGGACCCGCAGCGUGCGCAGCGGCUGCAGGCGUCGGUGGACUGCACGGGCGCGGGGGCCAUCGUCGCGGUGCGCUGCGCCGACUUCCUGACGCUGGACCCGGCGCGGCACGCCCACGAGGCGGCGCUGCGGCACGCGCUUUCUUUUCCGGGCCUGCAGCGCCUCACCUACUCCACCUGCUCGGUGCACGUGCGGGAGAACGAGGCGGUGGUCGCGGCUGUGCUGCCGGAUGCGGAGGCGGCAGGCAUGGAGCUGGCGCCCGCGCUGCCGGGAUGGCAUCGCCGGGGCAUUGCCGGCGCCUGCCCCAGGGCGGAGUGCCUCGUACGGACAGGUGUGUGA